GGGAGAGGGGGAGCGAUGGCAACGAAAAAGGCGUGCGUGGAUGCGCCCAAAAGGAGCCGGAGUCCGGUCGUGCUGGAGGCGGAGAUGUUCAGUGAAUUUCAGGACUGGUGUCUCCGGACUUAUGGAGACUCCGGUAAAACAAAGACCGUCACCCGGCGAAAAUAUAACAAAAUCAUGCAGACACUGUUGCAGAACGACGAGUCGGACGGCGUUUAUGUCGACAACAGCCACAUCAACGCCAAAUUCAAAUUCUGGGUGAAGUCAAAGGGAUUUCAGGUCGGGACCAACGUUUUGGGAGAGCACAACAAGAAAGGAGCUCCAGGGAAACCCGUCCUAUACGUCCCGGUCAAGUCAACGUGUUCGGAUGGCAAUUCGGCCCAAGACAACUCCUCCCUGAAGCGUGUAGCUGUUGUUGAAGACUUCUUUGACAUCAUCUAUGCCAUGCAUGUGGAGAUGGGUGCUGACCCUGGCAGAGCACCCAAACAUGCAGGCCAAAAGAAGACCUACAAAGCGAUAGCAGAGACCUACGCCUUCCUGCCCAGAGAGGCGGUGACUCGGUUCUUAAUGAGCUGUGGAGAGUGUCAGAAGAGGAUGCACAUCAACCCCAGCACUGCAGAGUUCAAAGAAAAUGACAGACCAACCUCACUGGUCCCGGACCUCAUUGAUUACAACAUGCCUCUUACUGCCACCUACCUGAAACAAAUGAAACUGCAGUGCAUGACGGCCACUGAAAGGGAUGACAGCUCGGUGAGCAGCGAGGACAUGAACAGCACUGAGCCCACAUGGGUUGCAGCUGAGCAGCCCCCAGUGCCUGAGCCCAGUCUGCCUAACGGAGAGCGAGUCAGCAACCCCACAGCCACCAUUAAAGAAGAGGACGAUGACGACUCCUCGGAGAGUGGCAGUGCCAACGGGCUGCCGGCCCUGACCUCCCCGGACGUGCUGGCUGUGGGUGGGAACCCCCCAGAUGGUGGGGCCCCUUAUGGGGAGGUGACGGAGAACGGUUUGAGCGCUCCCCUGGACUUUAGCACCACCUCGUCCUCGUCCUCCUCAGAGGAUCAGCAGCCGGUCAAUCUGAGCGACAGACUGCUGCCAGUGGGGAGCUCGCCGCCAAACGCCUACCCCGUAGAUCCCAACAGGAAGUAUCCCAUCAAAGCAGAGUACGCCAACAAGUCUCCUCCUUACAGCUCAGGAAGCUAUGACUCUGUGAAAACCGAACUGAGCAUGAGCGCAGAGGACUUGACCUCUGGUCGGGCACAGAUAAUUGACGACGACGACGAUGAUCAUGACGACCACGAUGACAGUGACAAGAUCAAUGAUGCUGAGGGUAUGGACCCUGAGAGACUCAAAGCCUUCAAUAUGUUUGUGCGUCUGUUCGUGGAUGAGAAUCUGGACCGCAUGGUGCCCAUUUCCAAACAGCCCAAGGAGAAGAUCCAGGCCAUCAUCGAGUCCUGUAGCCGCCAGUUCCCAGAGUUCCAGGAGCGCUCCCGCAAGCGCAUCCGCACCUACCUCAAAUCCUGUCGCCGCAUGAAAAAAGGCGGUUUUGAGAUACGACCAACACCUCCUCACCUCACCUCUGCCAUGGCUGAAAACAUCCUCGCCGCUGCCUGCGAGAGCGAAACCCGAAAUGCUGCCAAAAGGAUGCGGCUCGAUGUCUACCAAGCGACGGAUGAGCCAGCCUCUGUCGACAAGCCCAACUCGAGGGACCUGGCCCCUGUUGCCCCAUCAGCGUUUGCGAUUUCCAGCGCAGCUUUUGCCCAGGACCAGCUCUACACCAAUGGAGGCCUCAACUACAACCUGCGAGGAUAUGGGACAGUCGGCAGCAACCAGCAGAAGUCCGGCGCUGCUCAAACCAACGGUCCCACAGAUCUGAGUAUGAAGUCUGUCGGCCCAAACUCCUCCUCCUCCAGCUCCAACAGUCAUGGUCAGGGCGGUGGUGGCGGUGGAGCUUCGGCCCAGCUCAGUCCUCCGGAGGUCACAGCGGUGAGGCAGCUCAUCGCAGGCUACCGGGAGUCCGCGGCCUUCCUGCUCCGCUCAGCAGACGAGCUGGAAAACCUGAUCCUGCAGCAGAACUGAGUCCGAGCCAAACCGUGCCAAGACCCUCUCCUAGCCUGUCCGUCUCUGCCGCUCUCAGUCACACAUACAUUGGCAGACUCUCAUAUACAAAGACACAAAUGUACACGAGUGAUACUGCAGCUCACAGUGGGUCCUGUAGGUAUGGCACCUUUACUUAUUCCCACAUGUUUAUGUAUUUGGACGGGCCAGAACAUAUCACAGGCUGAAAAAUGUUUAUUUAUGCAUUUGGUUCACUUUGACCUUAGUGCCCUGUUAUCCCUUAUCUGUAGCCAUUCAUCCCAUUCAGUUCCUUUUACCACCUCAACCUCCAUUCGUCUCAGGAAGCGAUGAACUAUGUGGAAAAAAAAAAAAAAAGAUCUGCAUCGGUACACAGGGGAGUACCAGAGGUGUUAACAGAGGUGUUAAAUUAGCUGUGACCAUAGCGCCAACAUUGGCUCGUUUCUGCAGAUUUUUGGACAAAUUAAUAGUUGAAUAGCAGUGCUUUAGUGUCAGUACCUUGUUUCUAUUUUUGCACAAAUGUAAAAUAUGCUGUGCAGUGGCAUGAUUUGAUUGGGUCGAGUCAGUUCUGAGUGUAAACCGCCCCGCCCCCCGUCCCUCCAAA